AACGGUCAUUUACACUCGCAAAUCCUUUGAAAGAAAUCCGUUCUCAUCGUUCCAACGCACUAAAACCCUCUACGUUUCAUCUCUUUCUCCCUCUCUGCCUACAUUCGAAAAUGGAGACACAAAUGGAGCACAGAGAAUCCACAUCAGAGAAAACAGGGGAAAGAAAAAUACCUGUAUUCACAGUUCUGAAGAACAAUGCGAUCCUCAAGAACAUUUUCCUAAUCGAUAACCAACCCUUGGCAGAGGGAUCCUACAAGAAAUCGGAAGAAAUUUUGUUGGUUGGGAGGCAUCCAGAUUGCAACAUCACCUUAGAACACCCAAGCAUCAGCAGAUUCCACCUUCGCAUCUACUCACAGCCCUCUUCCCAAUCCCUCUCCGUCGUUGAUCUCUCUUCAGUGCAUGGGACUUGGAUUGGCGGUAAAAAGAUUGAAUCCGGGGUUCGGAUUAACUUGAGAGAAGGUGAUACUAUGCAGCUAGGGGGAUCAAGUAGGGUAUACAGGCUACAUUGGAUUCCUUCGAGCCAAGCGUAUGAUAUGGAUAAUCCAUUUCUGCCUCCAAUUCUCCUUCAGUCAGAGCCUUCUUGUGAUAAAGAAGGGGAGGAUCAGGUUGCUGAUGUUGGGUUCUUUCAUAAGAGUGAAGAGUUGGAGAGUCUUGAUUCAGAAUAUGCUGAUUCAGACGUGCCUUCUUCUAUCUCUUUGGUGGAUGACAAAAAAAUCCCGGCUGCUAAUGAAGAGUAUAGUGUAGAUACUGAUAUCCAGUCUUUAUUGAAGGAUUGUUUUUGUGUGGGCCAACAAUUGUUGACUCCAGAGAAGGAGAACCAUCGCACUUCUAGCUGUCUCCCACUUGGUUCUUUGAAGGAUUUGUUUGAAUUCGAUUCAAGAACUGGACCAACAGUGAAGCCCCCACUUCUGGAAGUUGAUGGAAUAGCCUUUCCGGUCAAAGAGAGAGUCAUUAUGACAAAAUCAGAGAGUUAUCCAGAUACAGAUUCCCAAUUUCCCUUGGAGGAUCCUUUUCUGAGUGGCGAAAAAACAUCAACUCCGGAGAACAAGAACUGCCCUUCUAGCUCUCCUACACUCCGAGAUGCAUUGAAGAAUACAGAUGAGUUUGAUUUAAGAAAUGGGUCACAAUCUGUUCUGGAAGUGCAUGAAGUUGAUGAUGAAAUAGUCACUCCAAACCAAGAGAAAGUCGUUAUAGAUAUUCAUUUUCCGAGUGGAGAUGAUACAGAUAGCAAAAUGCUCACACCAGAUCAGUUUGAUUUGGGUAAUGGGUCACCAACAAGCUUGUCACUUCUGAAAGUGAAUGAAGUUGAAGGUGAAAUAGUCACUCCAGACCAAGACAAAGUCACUAUGGAUAUUGAACUUCUGGAAGUGCUUGAAGUUGAUGAUGAAAUAGUCACCCCAAACCAAGAGAAAGUCUCUAUAGAUAUUCAUUUUCCGAGUGGAGAUGAUACAGAUAGCAAAAUCCUCACACCAGAUCAGUUUGAUUUGGGUAAUGGGUCACCAACAAGCUUGUCACUUCUGAAAGUGAAUGAAGUUGACGGUGAAAUAGUCACUCCAGACCAAGAGAAAGUCACUAUGGAUAUUGAACUUCUGGAAGUGCUUGAAGUUGAUGAUGAAAUUGUCACCCCAAACCAAGAGAAAGUCUCUAUAGAUAUUCAUUUUCCGAGUAGAGAUGAUACAGAUAGCAAAAUCCUCACACCAGAUCAGUUUGAUUUGGGUAAUGGGUCACCAACAAGCUUGUCACUUCUGAAAGUGAAUGAAGUUGAUGGUGAAAUAGUCACUCCAGACCAAGAGAAAGUCACUAUGGCUAUUGAACUUCCGAGUGAAGAUAAUUUGUCUCCCUAUUCUGUCCCACCCAGGUCAUUGUCGAAUAAAGAAAGUGGAUCAACUAUCAGAUCUUCUGAAGAUGAUGUUGUUUAUAAAGUAGUGGGCAAAGGAGGUGACAUUAUGGUCGUUCCAGAUAUAGAGAAUGUAAGUUUUGGCAUUUAUCCACCAAGUGAUGGUGGAUAUGUGAAUAAAAAAGUUUUUAAUCCUGUCAAAGAGAAAGAGAAUCCGACUCUAAGUUCUGUCUCACUCCAGUCCUUGAAGAAUACAGAUGAGUUUGAUUUGAAGACAUGUGGAUCAACUCUAAUAUAUUCACUUCCAAAGGUGGAUGAAAUUGAUCAGGAAACGGUAGCCACUCCCAUCAAAGAGAGCAUACCUCUGGAUAUUCCUGCUUUGAGUGGUGGGGACAUGAUGGAUGUUGAAGAAAUAUUGUAUACCUCACCAGGUAAAGAGAAUUGCACUCGACCUACCAUGAGACUUUCAUUUCCAAAUAUGGAAGAAGGUGGUGAUAAACAAACUAUAAGUCCAAAUAAGGAGAACGAGACUCUAAAUACUCAUCUCCAGAGGUUAAUACAACCGAAGGGGAAGCUUCAAAACCUAACGAAACUGAAAGUGCUUAAACCAUCUCCUUUGAAGAAUGAGAAUUGUGAUGAUGAGAGAGAUGAUGAAACUUUUACUCCAGAUAAAGAGAACAUGACCCCUAAUACUCAUUUUAUGUGGUCGAUGAACAAGAUUGGAAAGUCAAGAGAAGCUAUUAACAACUCUGAGCUAGCUGAUGACUUCAACUCAAGAUUACAUCAAUAUGAGCAAAAUAACAAUGAGAAAGAACUCAAAGUGAAGAGCAAUGUUAAAGAGCUAGGACUACAUAUGCAGCAGUCUAAACAGAAGGAUAGAGUGCCCUUUCGAUCGGUGCUCAUCAAUUCCAGAAGCACUACUGAGUCAUUCUGUCCAGGAAUGGGAGAUAAGAUCUGUCAUUUUUCUGAGCCUAAAGUCAGGGAGAAAGAAAGAAGUUGGUGCAUAGUGGUGGAUACUACAAGUCUGCUGAACAAAGAGUCUAGGAAAGCUCUGCAUCUUUUGCAGGGUCUCAAAUCGACCUCUUUGAUCAUUCCUCGUAUUGUCAUAAAGGAACUAGGUUGCAUGAAAAGUCGAGCUAGUUUCUUUACAAGAACGACAGAGGUGUCUUCAGCAUUAGAAUGGGUUGAAGAUUGUAUGAAAAAUUCAAAGUGGUGGGUUCAUGUUCAGAGUUUAGAUGAAGAAGAAGAAACAAGUGACAUUGCUACUCCAACACCUGCAGAAGAUCGCAUUCUUAAAUAUGCUCUCUUCUUGAGAAAAAUCAACAAUGGCCUGACAAAACUCAUCCUCCUCAGUGAUGAUAUCUCUCUGAAGAUCAAGUCCAUGGCAGAGGGUUUACUUUGCGAGACAGCCAAAGAUUUCAGAGAAAGCCUAGUGAAUCCAUUUUCUGAGAGGUUUCUUUGGACUAAAAGCUCUCCAAGGGGCAUAACGUGGUCAUAUGAGGAUGACAUUGUUCUCAAGGAGACAUAUUAUCAACGCCCGCUGAAGAAACCUCAUUCAAAACAAGCAAAUUAUUAUGCAUGGGGAUUGAAGCUCAUAUUAUUGCUCCAUCAUUCUUUCCCAUCCACACAGUCCACUUCAUCUUCAAACAAAAACUAGUCAUAUGUUUCUUUUUCCCCUUGAAUGUUAAUUAAAAACAAGGAAUAGUUCGUUGCUCCUUUGUGUAAUGCUGGUGCAACUCCAUAAUUUUCUCAUUAUGGGGCAAGAUCAGCUCACUCAAUGGUAUAAAAUUUGUUCACUUUUAACGGGAAGCUGCAAUAUUUAGCAUCUACUCUAAAGGGACGGAGUAUACACUUUAAUUUAAUACCUUCAAAGAUAGAAUCUUGCAAAGGGAGUAAUAGUGCC